CCACCAACCUAACUACCCACCAAGAUAAAAUCCCUAAAUCGAAGAAAAAUCAAACACCUUCCCCUUUUCCAUCUUGUGCUGCAUUCCUCCCUCUCGUUUUUCUUCCUCUCCACCUCUGAGAAUCGACAAGCACUCAGUUGAAAAAUGGUAGACAUAAAAUGCGCGAAAAAGGAAAAGGAAAGGAGAAAAUGGCGAGGAUACUUAUGCGUCGUUUCCGAUUCCGAGAUUGAGCAAGGAAUAGAGGGAAGCGAUCUAAGAAUCAGCAAUUUCGAAAUUGAUCAUGCCGAUGAGAGGAGGAAUCGCACCUAACAUAGCCAAAGUAACUCUAGCUCCAGAAUCUUCUUUCGGCAGUAACCUCACCUGGCGAGCAGCUUCUUUCCUCUUCUCUUCUUCAUCUUCCAACUACAAUUCCUUCACCGCUCAUUUCAGCUCCUCCAACACUUCGACUUUCUUCUUCGUCUCCGUCUCGCUCUCCACCUCCGCAAUACUCACGAGAUCUGACAGCCUCUCCGAUUUCACACUCCUUACAACUAAUUUCCCGCACUUCUUGUCGUUGCUGAAGGGAGAAGGGGAAGGUGUUGAUUUUUCUUCGAUUUGGGAAUUUAAUCUUGGUGGGUAGUUGGGUUGGUGGGUCGGGUUGGGUUUGGUUUGGUUUGGUUUGAUUAAAGGGUUGGGUAGGUUUAGAUGAGCUGGGGGUUUCAAUGACGUGGCGGGUCGGGUCAGACUAUUUUUUGGUUAAAAGUGUUGAUUAGACGAUUAUGUCCGCCACGUCAUCACUUAAAGGACUUCGUUAACGGAGAUGGACGGAAGCUAACGGAGAGUGACCAAACGUGAAUGGUUUUUGUAAAGUGAAGUGCCACCAAUGGAUUUAAAUAUUUCGAGUGACCAAACUUGAACUUUUUUGUAAUCUUGGCGACUUUUAAGAACACAAAACUUGUUUGGCUUAUUUUCACACAAGAUAGGAGGAUAUGUAUGCCACUGUGUUUGAACCGGAGCUCUGAUACCACCUGAUAUUAGUCGAGGCUCUAACUCGUGGACUUAAACAAUCAGAAUAUGCAACAAAGAUCGAUUAGCCAAACCAAGAGCAAAGGGGCGGAAAAUAACUCAAACCAAUGCCACAAUUGAGCAUAGGGCCAUGUAUACGAAGUGACUCCACAACUAGGAUGAUGAGCUAGUUGAUAACGUCGGUUUCUUCUAGACGGCUCGAUUCCACGAAGAGAGUAAGAAGGAUAAGAGAGUUUCAAGAAUGAACACUCUAAUAAGGGUUUUCUUUUGAUCCAAAAGUUGUUCAGCCCGUAUCAUAAUACCCUCUAUUUAUAGAGGUUACAAAAUUGAGAAGGAAACAAAUAAUAGUUAAAGAAGGAAACAAAUACCUAAAAGAUUCUAACGGAUUGUUUUUUAUACUAAUGGAAGAUUCUUAGCAACUAAUUAUUCCCUUUCCAUGUUUGGCCAACUUGGGUAUCAAAAACUUCCUUCUUUCUCCUCUUGGACUUGGAUUAUAUUGACCUCUUUCCCCAUUAACGGAUUUGACUCCAAAGAUGGAAAAUACUCUGCCAAAUAAUCUUGAAGUCAACAUUUUAAUGCCUUGGCUUGACUUCUAGUGAUUGGACCACGUUCCUCUCGCACCAAAGUUGGACUUUUGAUCGCCUUGGUGUUGAUGCCCUCAUCAGAAGACUCUAAACUUAAAGAAGAUCAUUCUCAAAUGACUAGGAAGUGUAAUCUGCUUAAGAAGGAAACAAAUGAGUACAAAGAGAAAUUUGUAAAUCUAUCCAAGAAUAUAUAAGAGAUCGAAGAACAAAUAUUAACUUACUUGCAAAACUAAAAGUUCUUAAAAGAAAAUAUGUCUUGUCAAAGGCAUUGGCUACGCAAAAGAAGACUGUGAGCACUCUAUGGGAUUUGCAAAUGAGUUCAAAACUAGUGUAACUUGAUUCUACUGUCAUAAUAAGAGACGCAAUAUCAAAUUCUGUAGAAAAAUAAUAAAUGUUGAAAAAGAAAGAAGUAGUUUGGAUCAAAUAUGAUUUAUGAUAUAUGCAUCCAGUAAACUACAUGCCCAAGACUAUCUGGGUGCGAAAUAACAAAAUUGUUGUUUACUUCUGCAGGAUUGAAGUGAGCAAGAUGAAAAACAUGUGGAUUUUUUAUAGUGGAUGCUCACAUCAUAUGACGGGUAAUAGAAACUUGUUCACUAGUCUCAAAGCUUGUAAAGAAGGUAAGGUUUAUUUUGGCAAUAAUAUUCGUGCAUAUAUUAUGGGUGGAGGAACAGUGAUAUCUGGUACUAGUAUUAUUGAUGUCAUACUAGUCAACAAUAUGAAACAUGAUCUAAUUUUAGUAAACCAAAUUUGUAAAAAGGGUUUCUUUUGAAUCAGAUGUCUGCUAUAUUGAAAGUAGCUCAACUAAAGAAAUACUGCUUAUGGAAAAGUGUGUGAUGGAUCUAGAAAAACAUAUCAUUCCUGAGGAUAUGUGCCUUAUGUCUCUUAAUAAGGAUGACCAGUUUAA